CCUGUAUCUGGAGAUAGCAAAAAACUGGGGGUGGCGAUGGAGAAAAACGUUGUUGCGGUUUUGGUGUUUUUGUCGAUUUUGGCAAUGAAUGGUGUGAAUGCACAGAUAUAUACGUGUUGGGGAGGAUGCUAUAAUGAGUGUUUUCUGAGGAGCGAAAAAACCGGCCCCGAGAGAUUGGCUUGUUAUUUUCAGUGUAUCAAUAGCUGCGUUCCGAAUUCGCCUGCCGAUUUUAUGUCCUAUUGUCAGAUUGGAUGCUCUUUGACUCUAUGCAGUCUUUUUAGCUUUGAUGGUGAAAGAUUGGAGAAAUGCUUUGGAAAUUGCGACAACAUCUGCAAAUUCGAUAGAAUUUGAUGCACAUAUUUCUGCAAUAUUCCGAGAAUUCGUAGCGCAUAUUAUCGAUGUAAUAACUUUUUCUGCUUUAUUAUGUAACAGCAUAACAUACC